UGUACUUUAAAAGCUUAUUUCGGUUUCUGCAGUAAAAGUUAACUUAACAAAAGAUAGUUUAUGACAGUAAGAAUAACGUUUAGCUCGAAUUAAUCGAGAAAUAUAAACCUUCUGAUGCUCAUAAAUACCGAAAAGUAGUUUUAUCUGUACAGGAAAUAACGUCAAGAAACCGGAAUUGACCAAAGAGGGCGGGACGUUUUUGAAUUCGUGCCGCUCCGUUUUGACUGUUGACAAGUCUCAUAUUUAACGGAUCGAUAAAAGGUGCCUUUGUCAUUGGUAGCAUUGUAUUAAUUGGAGAUAGAGCCAUGUCUUCAAGAAUCCCAAGAGGUGUGCAAUUACCUGCAGAAACAAAGAAAACCGUUCAUAAACUUGAAUCCAGAGACACAGUAACUGUGUCUGCAACAACAAAUGCUGCCCAAAAAUCAGAUGGUGUCCUAAAAUCUCAAAAAGAAUAUAUAUCAAGAAAAAAUGCUGCUCCUAAAGUUCACAAAGUGGUGUCCACCAGGUAUGGGCAACAGGCAGAGCUCAAGGAGCAAAAUCAGCAUUUGAUGGCUACCAAUGAGGAGCUGCAGAAAAACCUCACAGACACACAGCAAAGAGUAGCUGAGUUGGAGCUGCAGUUCAGUGACCUUGAAAAGGAGAAUGCUGAAGUACAGAAAAACCUGAAGGACUGUCAUGUUCUCCUAGUUGCAGCCAAAAUAGACCCAGUUUUAGGAGAAAGAGUUGGAGAAGCUGCAAGACAAAAUGAAGAUCAAAGAAAAGAAGUCAUGAGUGUUUCCACAGACCUGCUGCAUGAAUUAAAAGCAUUUGGAGACGUUGCAUCACAGCAACGGGCUCGGCUAGAGGAAAUCCAAACAACAAUGACAGCACUCGCUAAAGCACGGGAACAUAUGAGGCAGGAAAGAGAGAACUUUUCAUUGGAGGCUGCGGAAAUGGAAAAAGCACUCAAGGAAGCAGAAGCUCUCUUGUAAAAGUGUACAAUAGUUUUGUGUUUUUAAAAAAGUGUAUAUUUAUGUAAAAUGUGUGUUGAGUGUGAAACUAAAUAAAGUAUUCUUCUUUCUUCA